AUGUGUCUAGUAGACUUCACAUGUUGCUGCUAAAGUACAUCCUGUGUAGCUGCUGUUUGUACAAGUAAAUUUAUAAACAGUCUAGCUAUUAUUAUUGAGACCCAUCUCAAGCUAUUGAACUGCAACAAAGUAAACUUCGUAUGGAAUUUGAGAACACUGAAGAAGAGUACGAAGAUAUGCAAUCGUCUGUGGGACAGCAUCAAAUGGAAGCCGGUGAGCAGUACUAUGAAUAUGUGGAACUUCUACCGCAACGAAAAACUGAAAGGCAAGACUCAGUUCCAUCAACACAGCUCUUUGAUACACAGCAACCAAGAACUCGUAAUGCUGGCGGUGAUGUUGUGCCGAAUCCCUCAUACCUCACUCAUCAGUCAUCCAACCUGGCUACAACAUCUCAUACACCACCUCCGUUAUACGAGUAUCUUCCUGAAUCAGAGGCCUGGCCAGAGAGGGAUCGAGCCACACAACUUGCUGCUACACAAACUGCUGAGCUGCCUCAUAUGAAAGCGCUGUCCAUAUCACCUUCUUCUAUACAUGUAGAUGAUGAUCGACCGAAGUUUGAUACCAGUUUCAAAUCUCCAGUUGGCUACAACAUUAUGAAUUUGAUGUCUCAAGGAAAUGUGAUUUUCAUUCUUCCCAAGACGAGUAUCGAGAGAAAGCCGCUUUACCUCAACCGUGGAUUUGGCGAGAGAGUAGUUCACGGAGGAGGUUCAUUUACGGAUGAGAGUAGGUUUGUGGUCACGAUUCCUCGAGAGCACACCACAGAGCAUGUGAUAGCAUUGGAGAGCUUCAAGUACAAAGGAAGAUACUUGUGUGUUGACCGGAGAGGAAGGAUUAAAGCUCGCGAUGGUUAUAAGGACAGCUGUGACUUUUUCGUGUAUGGGGUGAAUGGGAGUCCUCACCUGGUCUAUUUUGAGUCUGCUAGAAGUGACGGUUUCUACUUUGGGAUGAGAUCAGACAAUAGUCCCUCUGAUGCAGCCAGUAUCACAGCCGAUUCUGAGGAAGCACACUUUGGAAUACUAACAGAUAAUGUAUCAGAAUCGUCUCCUCUGCUGAAGUUGGAGGUGUUUGGGACAAACUCAAUUAUGGACCAAGUGCGGGACAAAAGUGUCAUUCGUCUUUUCUCACAGCGAAGAUACCUUGGAAUUGAUAGGAAAGGAAGAGUACUUCAAACACAUAAUGACAAGAAUACAGAUAGCUGGUUCAUGGUUCACGAUCGUGGGAUGGGUAUUCUUUCACUGCGAAGCUAUGUACACCAGAGUUAUUGGUUGAAAAUGCAAGAUGGUCAGCUUACAGGAAAGGGAAAGCCAGGCCUUGAUACUUUCUUUCAAGUGAGAGAGUCAGUGGAGCACCAAAUUAUUCUAGAAUCCAUUGCACAGCCGGGCACAUUUGUUUAUCCAAGCCAGGCGUCCCCUUCUGUGGUGCCCGAGUUUACUGUGGAAGUCAUACUUGAGAAACCUACAAGUUAGGAAGCGCUCUGGCAGAGAUGUAACUUGUUUAUAGCUGAUAGUACAUUAGCUAGUGAACAUUGUUAUUGACGCAAACACAUUCUGUUGCAUCCAUUAACUUAAGUGACAAUCCUUAAUCAUGCGUAAAACCUUUUCCAGAACAUUAAACAUGGAGUUCUUAGUUCAA